UACGAUGACAGCGAACCUGUAGUCUACGAGGACCUGGACAUCCCCGAGUCGUUUGACUCACGCCAACAAUGGCCAGAGUGUCGCUCCCUUAAAGUGAUCAGAGAUCAGGGGGCGUGCGGCUCGUGUUGGGCGGUGUCGACCGUUUCCGCGAUCUCUGACCGCAUAUGUAUCGCAUCGAAGGGUAAACAACAGGUGGAGAUAUCGGUUGAGGAUCUGUUAAGCUGUACCCACAUAGGCAGCUGCGCUCAUGGAGGUGAGCCCUGGUAUGCCCACCAGGAGUAUAUUGACAGAGGUCUGGUAUCGGGAGGUGACUAUGAUAGUCAUGAGGGUUGUCUGCCUUACACGAUAGCCCCGUGCGAACACGUGGGUACCGGACACUACCCGCCCUGUCCAAUGACUUUAGUCCCCACCCCUCAAUGUGAGAACAAGUGUGAGGCGGGUUAUAACGGAACGUACGCUCAGGACAAACAUUUUGGUAGCAAAAGGACCUUGUUCGCUAAUAAGCCCAAGGAUGUACAGCUAGAAAUUAUGACAAAUGGACCUGUAGUUGCUGAUUUUGGUGUUUACGAAGACUUUUUUGAAUACAAAUCUGGUGUAUAUCAACACGUGACAGGUCAGUUUGCUGGUAACCAUGCUGUUAGGAUACUGGGUUGGGGUGUGGAAAAUGGUGUGGACUACUGGUUGGUGGCUAACUCGUGGAAUGAGGACUGGGGUGAUAAAGGUUACUUUAAAAUUAAGCGUGGUAAUGAUGAGUGUGCAUUUGAGAGUUUGAUUACCUCAAGUUUGCCAAAGUUAUAA